AUGGGAACUAAGGCGGAUACAAAGGGGACGCAGGUGACGGGUAAACCAAAAGCUGAGACGAAAUCUGGGCCGUGUCCUUGGCUUUGUAACUUAGUACCAUCCAAUGUUCCGGGACCCGGAGCUGCUCAAGCUGUACUGCACCCGAAAAAAGACGUAUUCGUACUGAAAGUGGCGAAAGUGGGGCCAAACGGAGAUCGUCGCGUGAAAAUGGAGUUAGAACUGGUAACACCAAAGGGACCUGAAAAGAAGCCCCUCUGCCGCAUCGACACGAGGGAAACGCAGUGUGAGUCUGAACCUCCGCCCUGCUGUUGCGUGAAACCUAAAAAAAAGAAGAAAUAG